ACGAAAGCUCGCUUGCUCGAUGUUACCCGCCAAGCGGCAGAGGACGUCCACCUCGUCGCCGCUGGCACCGGGAAACGCGACCUCGGAUGCGCGGCCCCUGCAACCCGCGCGUGCAGAUCGCGACUCUUCAGCUCCCGACGCAGAUCUGGUCGUGGAGCCCGAAGAGCUCUUGUGCUCCAUCACGCGGACCAUGUUCCGCGACCCGGUUGUGGUGGUCGAAUCGGGGCAUACGUACGAGAGGAGCGCCGUCCUGUCGCACUUCCGGUGCAACGGGGCCAAGGACCCGCUCACGGGUCGCAACCUGAGCAGCACGAAGGUGAUGACGAACUGGGUGGUGAGACAGAUUGUUCGGGGUUGGCUGGACAGGCACCCGGGCGUGACGCCCGACGGGUGGGACAGUCGCGAGCUUCUGGAGCCGUCGGAAGAUGACGGGACGCGACUAUUCGAUGGCGAGAGUGACGUCGGAGUGCUCCGGAUAUGGCGUGCGAUGUGCCCUGCACUGCAGGAGAGGUGGCCGGAGGACGAGCAACCGGAGGAUUGGGAAGGGGUGACGAUGGAAAACGGCCGGGUGGUGAAGCUCGAGUUGGAAAGGUUUGGCCUGACCGGAGCAGUGCCCGCUGAGGUUGGGCGCCUGAGCGCGCUAAAGACAUUAGAACUCUGGCAAAAUCGGCUGACGAGCGUGCCGGCGGAGAUCGGGCAGCUCACCUCGUUGGAGAGGUUGCGCCUCCACAACAAUCAUCUGACGAGCGUGCCGGCGGAGAUCGGGCAGCUCACGUCGCUGAAGGUGUUGGGCCUCGGCGGCAAUCAGCUGACGAGCCUGCCGGCGGAGAUCGGGCGGCUCACGUCGCUGCAGGAGUUGUGGCUCAACGGCAACCAGCUGACGAGCCUGCUGGCGGAGAUCGGACAGCUCACGGCGCUGGAGAAGUUGCACCUCAGCCGCAAUCAGCUGACGAGGGUGCCGGUGGAGAUCGGGCAGCUCACGGCGCUGAGGGAGUUGUACCUCCAACACAAUCAGCUGACGAGCGUGCCGGCUGAGGUCGGGCAGCACAGGUCGCUGAAGGUGUUGAGCCUCUACAACAAUCAGCUGACGAGCGUGCCGGCGGAGAUCGGACAGCUCGGGUGGUUGAAGGUGUUGUACCUCCACAACAAUCAGCUGACGAGCGUGCCGGCGGAGAUCGGGCAGCUCACGUCGCUGCAGGAGUUGUUCCUCUACAACAACCAGCUGACGAGGGUGCCGGCGGAGAUCGGACAGCUCAGGUCGCUGGAGAGGUUGGACCUCAACCGCAAUCAGCUGACGAGGCUGCCGGCUGCGUUAUGCAAGCUCAGAGCGACAUGUUGCAUUGUGCGUCUUGAUAACAGAGUUACGGUGGACGAGUGAUUGCUGCCCUUCUCAGGGUAGGCGCGGCGUGCGAUAGGAGAUUGUAAGUACCUUCGAAGGUAACACUU